CAUUCAGUGACAAAAAAUGGCACAAAAAAAUGAUGGACCAUCAAAUAAAAAAAAAAUGCUGGACAAUGAUGAGAUCAACAAUCUUUGUGAUCUACUGAGCAUUCGUGUUGGAAAACUAAAUAUUGGUACAAAUCAAAAAAUUACACUACUAGUUGAUCACAUGAAAAUGGAUGCAAUGAACAUUACUCAAGAUGAGUAUGCACACUUAGAUCAAUCUUAUUUUUCCCGAAAUACUGAAAACAUCAUUGACAUGGAUUGUUGUAAAUACAAACAAACAAAAAAUUUUGAUAUUGAUUUGGAUAUCGAAACAAUACUUAAGACAAUAAAUGUUAAAGGAUACAUUGAUCAAUGUACAUUAAAUUACUACAAAACUGGAGAUUUGAAAGCUUCACAUCAUCAUGGAUAUCGUCAAGAAUUAAAAGGUACAUUGAUUUUAUUAUUACCAUCAGAAUGUGUUGGUGGUGACUUUUGUUUUGAUGAUUACAAUGCUGAAAAAGAUAUGGACAAAUCAGCAUUAAGAUUUAUUUAUUUUAAUAAUGGAAUGGAACACUCAGUUACCAAAGUUUUAAGCGGCAAUCGUUUAUCAUUGGUUUAUAAUGUUUAUGAUCCUAAUCAUUAGCGAAAAAAUGUUAUUGGAUCCAAUAACUCGUUAUUUAUUUCCCUAAUGAACAUUACAAAAAAAUUUAAUCAUACAAUUAACUAUUGCAAAAGAGCAGAAAAUAUUUUACUUGGUUAUUAUGAACGUG